AUGUCUCUCCGACCUCUCCCCGACCCUCCUUCCCCUGAGUGGGCCCCCAUCGUCGAAAGCAUCCGAAAGCAGUACAACGAAGGCUUGCCGUUCUUCAACCGCGCGCUGCUCCAACGAGUUGCGCUACAGAUCCACCUCUACGAGAACGGCAUGCUGACCAACAAGCCCUACGCCAUCGAGAACAUCAGAGGCGACCUCGUGUCCCUCGACAUCGACCCGGACACCGAGUCCCCAGUCUUCAAAGACGUUAGAUGCAACCACGGUGACCGAAAAAACGGUCCCUAUAUCUACUACCGGAGCAUCCAAUCCAUGCUCACGCACCGGGACAUGAAACAAUUCGACGCAGAGAAGGCCUUCCUACCUCUAGUCGUCAUGUUCCCGAGCGCCGCGGGCCGGUGCCACGCGCACCACGUGCACGAGUCGCGCUCCACCUCCGCCGACGACCUCCAAGCAUCAAUCUUACCCACGACCUUCUACCCAUCCGAGCUAACCACAAUCUUCAACCUCGACCGGCGCGCCUGGGAGCAGUCCGAGCAGUACGCCUACCUCAAGGGCCAGCUGGAAGCCCACUCCGACCGGCUGUCGCAGAUCGACAGCGUCGUCGCCCUCGGGUGCGGGUCGCUCGCCCACGGGCGCGCGCGCUGCCAGUUCGCGACGACGCAGCACGCGCUGGCCUUCAGCCUGCGCAAGGUGCUGUCCAGAAUGCACCCGGAGAACAGCAGGGUGCGGCAGAGCCUUCGGCAGGCCCGUAAGAAGGAGCCUGUCGACCUCGUCGUGCGCGGCGUCCUGCAGGACCCCGCUUACACCGAGGUGGACGAGGCCGUCCUCUCGGACAUGGGCAUGGAGAUCUACAAAGAUCCCUUCGGCUUCCUAGAGAUGAACGACAACAGCUUCGUCGUCUCCAUCGAUGUCAACACCCCGGCCCAGCAGAUUAUCGAAAAUCUUGCGCGCCCGGCCGCCAUUAUCCGGAUGACUCACGUAGAGGAGCUUAAUGGCGAGAACGUCGCCCAAUGCACGGACCCCUCGUCUUCGCGAGUCAACAAGAUGCUACUCGAGGAGUAUGAUCUGGUGAAACUCCGAUACCACGAGCACCUUCGACAUAUCUGCCUCUACAUAAAGAAGCAGAAACCCGAAGGCAAGGCCGGCUCUAACCGAGCAUCAGGCUCUUCUUCGACUAAGAAUUAAUCGAGAGGGAGGAUCGUUGGGGAUAUAUUGGUGGUUGAGCGAGCAUUUCUCGUAUACAAAUGCCCAGUACAGUAAACGCUGUUCUUUAGGUACCCAAUCUACCUGUUCUAUGCCCUCCCCUAUUUCAAUUCUUAUUACAAUAACCCGCUUUCCCUCUUUCCUCCAGGAUAGCUAUUCCUGAGUUUGCAAUGAAUACAAGAAAAAAGUUACAACCACAAUUACAAUCCGAGACCAUUCAACCCGCUCGCUAACCCUAAGUCGUAACAAGACAAACCAGGCUAAACUAGGCUCUUGUAUAUAUACCGUCUCUCCGUGCCUCUCAGCCUUCAAUAAUUAUUCCAGGUCUACUCUCCCAGUAGCCGGUAGCCGGUAAUGU